CAUACCAUAUGAUCACAACCCUAUCUAGUUGCACUGCCUUACAUUCAUCGAUGGAGAUUCAAGUUAAGGAGUCUACAAUUGUACGUCCAGCCGGAGAUACACCUAAAAAGAGACUGUGGAGCUCAAACAUGGACGUGGUGGCAUCAAGAACGCACGUCUCUAUUGUCUUCUUUUACAGGCACAGCUAUGAUUCAAAUUUCUUUGACACUCGUAUGCUUAAAGAGUCUCUGAGUAAGGUCCUGGUGCCCUUCUAUCCUGUCGCCGGCAGACUUGGAUUUGACCCAAAUGGUAGGAUCGAAGUCGACUGCAAUGGUGAGGGAGUGUUGUUCCUUGAAGCCCAUACAGAUCGUUGUAUUGAUGAUUUUCUUCAUCGCUUCAAUUCUCAUGCUUCGCUAGUGCCGGUCGUUGACUAUUCAACGGACAUGUCUUCCUAUCCUCUCUUUCUUUCACAGGUGACAUUUUUCAAAGGUGGAGGAGUAUGUCUUGGAGUUGGAAUUCACCAUACCUUAUUUGAUGGCGUUUCGACUUUCCAUUUCGUCAACGCAUGGUCUGACAUGACACGUGGCCUCUCCGCCACCGUUUCACCGAUAUUCGAUCAUGAUCUUCUCCGUGCUCGGGACCCACCUACCCCUUCAUUCAUUCACAUCGAAUUUGAUCAACAACGUCCCUUGUAUACCCCCAAAGAAACCAAGGAAUUACAAUCAAGUCCCCUCUAUAUUUCCACCGCGACCCUGAAGAUCACAGCCCUUCAACUCAACACCCUGAAAGCCAAUCUCACAAAUUACAGUACCUACGAAAUCUUGGCAGCCCACAUUUGGCGUUGCGUGUGCAAAGCACGUGACCUUCCUGUUGAUGAGAUCACAAACCUAUAUAUGGCUGUUGAUGGACGGCACAGAUUGAAUCCACCGCUGCCACGUGGUUACUUUGGUAAUGCGAUUUUUAAGGCUAGAUUACCGAGCUUAGCCGGUGAAGUCCAAUCUGAACCGUUGAUUCAAACUGUGGAGAGGGUCCACAAAGUCAUAAAACGAAUGGACGAUGAUUACAUGAGGUCCAUCAUUGAUUAUUUGGAAGUCCAACCGCACCUAAACCUCGUGCGUCCAACUCAUGCUUUCAAGUGCCCAAAUCUUCAUGUUGUUAGUUGGGCUGGGCUGCCAUUGCAUGAUGCUGAUUUUGGAUGGGGCCGGCCCAUUUAUAUGGGCCUAGCGAGUAUUUAUAUUCAAGGCGCAGCUUACAUAUUGCCCAGUCCAGUCAAUGAUGGAAGCUUAAUGUUAUUGAUUGGGUUGGAGGGUGGUCGCAUUAAACUAUUCGAAAAAUACUUUUAUGCCCUCAUGCCAUCUAGGUUGUGAAAAUUAAUAGGGAUUAGCAAAAAGAUAUUCGAAUAUCUAUUUUUUUUAUUACAGAGGAAGAGGAAGGAGAUGGGGGAGGCUUGAACUCGAGACAUCCAUGAGAUUUCACACAUAUGAGGGUCAUCUAAGGUACUCGUGGUUCUCUAUUUGAGUAUC